GCGACCGGAAGUGAAGCUCCGCAGCCUGUAGCGGCGGCAGCGGCGGCCGCAGGAUGAACGCCCCUCCGGCCUUCGAGUCCUUCCUGCUCUUUGAGGGCGAGAAGAAGAUCACCAUCAACAAAGACACCAAGGUGCCCAACGCCUGCCUCUUCACCAUCAACAAGGAAGAUCACACCUUGGGGAACAUCAUCAAGUCGCAGCUACUGAAGGACCCCCAGGUGCUGUUUGCAGGGUACAAAGUCCCACACCCGCUGGAACAUAAGAUUAUCAUCCGUGUCCAGACCACCCCUGACUACAGCCCCCAGGAGGCUUUCACCAAUGCCAUCACAGACCUGAUCAGCGAGCUCUCCCUCCUGGAGGAGAGGUUCAGGGUUGCCAUCAAGGACAAGCAGGAAGGCAUUGAGUGAAGACCCUGCAGCUGCAGCAGGAUGUGCCCAUCAGCUGAGUGCUCCAUUUCACCCUCCUUUCACGGCAACUCCUUCUCCUCUUGCCCCUUUUAGGUUUCAUUUCCACCGCCAGCAGAGAGAAGUUGAAGCCUUUUGGCUUCCCACAGCCCAGCAGCGCUGUGCCAGGAGGAGAAGGGUUAAGGUUUUGGUUGAUUUGUUGGAUGUCACUGCAAUAAAUUCUAUUUUUCUACU